AUUUGCCGUGUCUUUUUCUCUAACGCUAUUUUCUGUCUCCCAUCUACUGUUUCAUUACCUCUUUCAAAUACCUCUCCACUUUUAAUUCCAUGUCAGUCAAUACCGACAGAGACACCAACGCUAACAGUGCUGAGCUUGAUGUACCCAACAUCCGAUGGAGUUCCCACUUUGUGAUCGACAGCAACACGGAUGCAACGACCCACUUAGAUCAAGGUGACAAGAUCAUCUUACCACAGAUCGUACUUGAACAGCUUCUUCAACAAGUCGGCGGCGUCAACGGCACUCUACCUUCACCACUUACCUUUCAGCUAAAAAAUCACCAACUCGUAGAUAAAGUCAUCUACGCCGGCGUCAAAGAAUUCAGUCUUACCAACAACGCCCUGAUCCAACUGCCUCGUUGGAUGAUUGACUUUCUCUCUUUACAUCAUGGCGAUCAUGUCCUUGUCAAAUUAGCCAUCUUACCCAAGGGGACGUAUGCUCGAUUGAAACCUGUAUCCGAUGCCUUUUUUAAGAAUAUUACGGAUUAUAGAGCCGCUUUAGAAGCUCAUUUACGACAGCAUUAUCAGACGUUAACAGUCAACCAGCCUUUAAGUUGUCGCUAUGGUGAUCAAGCAUAUCAUUUCAAAGUGGUGGAUCUAAAGCCCCAGGAAGCAGUAUCCAUUGUCGAUACAGACCUAGAAGUAGAUCUGGACCCUAUCGAACCAGCAACAGAGGCAGGGUCCAUUCUCAGCAGCCGUCAAAGCAAUGGUCACGGUAGCAGCAGCACCACCCCAGACAUCGGCAAAUCAACAGUCGAGAAUGGAGAUGCGGAUAUAAUCAUCCUUCGAGAUACAGCCACUUUACCUAGCUUGGAGUUUUUUGACAUCGCGGAUCUUUCGUCAGAAAAAGAAAAGCUUGUUGGCAUCACUGAUAUGCUGUCCACCACCACAGAUCCCCCAUCCUCCACCACUGCUUUCCUGCAAGUAGGCAUACAUGCUUUUGUGGAAAAUACAGUCGUUUCAUGGGAAGUAAUUGAAGUCGACGAUGAAGAAGAAAUUGAUGGUACCCAUGAAAUAGAUAUCGAUAGGAGCACCCAUCAAGGACAGGAAAAGAAGGAGGACUUGACGGGAAAAGUGCAAUGCCCCAAUUGUCAUGCUUGGAUACUGAAGCAAACCUUUGUGCUGCAUGAAGGUUUCUGCUUACGAAACAAUCGUGUAUGCCCUUGGGGUUGUGGCAAAGUAUUCAAAAAAGACAGUCAAGAGUUCAAAGAACAUUGGCAUUGUGAUCAAUGUGAAGCCGUAGGGUCGUUCGCGUUAGCCAAACAGAAGCAUAUGGAUUAUGAGCAUACAGCGAAAACAUGUAUCUGCACGCAGUAUACCACUCCAUCCUAUGAAGCGCUAGCAGAUCAUAAACGCACGACUUGCCCAGAAAAGAUGAUCAUCUGUCGCUACUGUCAUGUAAGUAGUUCUCUCAUGGACGUAUCAGUAAAAGGAGAGCGAGGAAUACGGAAUGUGUGUGAGGGAAUAGUUGACUCAUCCCUGUUCUAUCUUUGUUUUUGUCUCUUUGGCAGAUCCUUACUGCUCAGGGCGUUCCUUCUUUAGAUCCGCGUGAUAAACUCCUCGGCCUUCACUCACACGAAAGCUACUGCGGCUCCCGCACCAUUACUUGUCAGAAAUGUCAUAAACCCGUCCCUAUCAAAGACAUCCAAGUCCACGCCAAAAU